ACGUGACUGUUGCUAUGUUACUGGGUCUAUGAAAGCAGCAACACGUCUUUCAUUCGUAAGCAGAGUUUAGACGGAUCAGUCUGCUGAACUUGUGGUGUUACAGUGACAAUUCAAAAAGACUCUCAUCAGAAUGGCUCAGUUAAUAAAACCACCAACUGUCUUCAAUCACUCAGAAUGGACAACAUCCAAUAAGACAAAAUUUAGUAAUGCUGAAGGGGAACGAGCAGCAGCAGAACGAUUGGUAGAUGAAUCUAAAAGACUCGCAGAUGAAACUGAAAAGAGGACAGAGUAUACUCAGCGAGAUGUAUCAAAGAAAUUAGAUCAAAGAAUAGCAGACUUGGACUUUUGGAAGAGUGAAUUGGAUAAUAAACUUGCUGAACUUAAAACAGAAAUUGACAACUUGCUAGCUUUUAAGACCAGAGUAGAAAAGGCCAUUGAAGCAUGUGCUGAACCCCUCCAUAUUGCCCAACAGUGUCUAGCCAACAGAGAGAAGAGGAAAGGCAUUGAUCUUGUCCAUGACGAUGUCCAAAAGGAACUCAUCAAAGAAGUUGAAACAAUCCAAGGAGUCAUGGCUCUUCUGUCUAGAACACUGGAACAAGCAGUGGAACAGAUAAGGUUAAACAGGAAAGCAAAAUACCAAUUAGAGAAGGAUUUAAAGGACAAAUUUACUGCUAUGGAUGUUGAUGGAUACUGUAAAGAAUUGAGAAACAAUUCUCAACACAUACGCUAUAAGGAUGGAGUUACUAAAAUCCAAGCAAAUUCUGUCACCCCCGAGGACUGGGAGACCUAUUCUAAUGAAAACAUUGAGAAGGCAGAAAGGGAAAGGAACAACUCAGUACAACUGCGAACCAUCAUUGACGGUGUGCUGCAGCAGACCUGUAAUGACAUGCAGAAAGAAUGCGAAUGUGUUAACAUUGCUUUCCAGAAAAGGAUUGAUGAGACUAAGGAUACUAAAGGAAAGUUGGAAAACCAUCUGUCUAGGGUAAUUGCACAGAUUAAGGAAAUGGAAGAGAACAUCAGCCGCCUGCAGAAAGCCAUUGCAGACAAGGAGAACCCUAUGAAGCUGUCACAGACCCGGCUGGACACUAGAGCAGAGCGGCCAAAUGUUGAGCUAUGCCGUGACCCAGUGCAGUACCGCCUAAUCAGUGAAGUGACAGAGAUCCAGAUGUCCAUUGAUGCCCUCAGGGAAAGACUUGCUCAGGCCGAGUCUUCUCUGAAAGGACUUAUCCGUAACCAGCUGGACCUGGAGGAGGACAUUGAUGUUAAGGCAAACACGCUAUUUAUUGACGAGGUGCAAUGCAUGGGAAUGAGGAAGAGUGUCAACAUCAAACCUUUCUAAAAUGUAAAUGGACACAAAUUAGAGAAAAUUAGGAAUUGGGAUGAACUUAUAAUGACUGCAUCAUGGCAUAAUAUAUGAACUAUGGAGUUAAUGAUUGUGAAAAUAGUAAACCAGAAGAUCGGAAUAUUGUGUGCACCUUAGCUUUAUAUGUGGCAUAAGUUUUGUUCUUGCUGGUAAAUGAAUUUUCUUUUAAUAUGCUUCUGUUCCAGUUUACUUUUAGUCAAAGAUGCAGUAUGUUAUGAUCUUUCAAUUUAUUUUCAUUCAUAUGUAAAGAACAUGUCAUGUACAUCUGUAAAUAAAUAUAACAUAUACACAUA